UUUCAAGUCCUUUUCUAGCUAACUACAUUCUCUCCAACUACAUGGUCAUAUGGAGACCAUGCCCAGCUAGCGUUUGGUUAACAUGUUAUGGUUAGCCACUGCUGGAGUUCUAACUACACCAUCUGGAAACAAAGAGCAUCUUUUGAUAUUUGCAGUCUGGUGGGUCUCCUGUUGAUUGUCGUAGCAGCAUGGGGGAAAGGCUUUGGCAUUGUCUCCAGCAUCCACAUCAUUGGUGGUGUGAUUGCCGUGGGCUUCUUUCUGCUGCUGAUCGCCAUUGUGGGACUCAUUGGAGCCGUCCAUCAUCACCAAGUCAUGCUUUUCUUUUACAUGGUCAUUCUCUUCAUUGUGUUCCUCUUCCAGUUUGGAGUUUCCUGUUCUUGCCUGGCCAUGAACCAGGGUCAACAGGAGAAGCUGCUGAAUUCAUCCUGGGGAAUGAUGAAUAACGACACAAGAAACAGCAUUGAGAAGAAGCUGGACUGCUGUGGCUUGUUCAACAAUACACAGAACCUGGGAGUGUUUAUGUCUGACUUGCACCUCUGUGAUGCUCCAUGUCUAAAAAAGAGCCCCUGCCUCACCUGUGGUGAAAAGAUGCUCCAACAUUCAUCAGAAGCUCUGAAGAUCCUUGGAGGGGUCGGCCUCUUUUUCAGCUUUACAGAGAUCUUAGGAGUUUGGCUGGCCAUGCGCUACAGGAACCAAAAGGACCCGAGGGCGAACCCCAGUGCUUUCUUAUAGUCCCUCAGACCGUCUGUCCUAAACUAUGUUUAGACUAGUCCAGCUAUUCCAGUUCCCUUUUGCACAGGUAGAGUGGAGCGCACCAAGAGACAAUUAAAGCAUUAAACGCAGAACACAACCACUGAUCCCCACAACAAACUCACAUCAGCACACCCGGUUCAGAACACACUAGAUAACGCACCGCACAUACAAACACAUCUAUUUUGAAGACCCAUUUUCCACACAAGGUCUGCAGAGGGCUAAUUUAAAUCAGCAGGAGGAGGUAUCAUGUAUGAUAGGAUGCUCGUUCUGACACUUCCCCCAUCCUUGAUGUGAAAAACUCUUCCUGUUUUCUGUAUGCAAAACGAAAAUCUGCAAUGUAAAGCCAUCGGUGUCUGCAUGUUCAUAGCCUCAGUUUCUUGUGACAUGGUCAGCUCACUUAUGUACACAUAUUAACUAGGUAUAUAGUGCCGAAAUGGUCCCUGUAGUUUGAGUGUAACGGAAAGUUAACCCACAUAAACUGUAUUAAUGUUUAGUAUCAGUUAGUCAGGGUGAAAUUCUGUCAUGUAUCUCCCAGGAAAACCGCAUCCAUGUCCGCUUUGAAUCAGUGCAGACCUGAAAAUCACCUGUGUUUUGUGCAAUGCUUUAAGAAGUCCGUCUCGAUGAGGUGACCAGUCCAGCCUAUGGGAUAUUAGUUUAGGAAUUAGACAUAGAACGUGAAUAUUUAAAAAACACUUGUGUAACUGUGUGUAACUGAGCCAUGUGAUUGGGAGGAUUUCCCCUGCCGAUGGACUGCAGCCCUCCUGUUGUACAUGGUCUUUACCGUGACAGCGGUCGGCGUUCACCAAUUUACAGAUUCUUUUCCAUUCUUAUUUAAACUCUCGCUAUUCUCACUGGACUUUUUAAGUUCUUCAUUUCCUUUGAAGCUUAGUAUUACUCAUGGAUAUAGUGUUUUAAUAUCUUAUGCAUUGAUUUGUGGAUGAUUGUUGAAAUAAUUUCGGCGUGCCAUUUGCUCAGUUAGCUGUCAGCUUGGUUUAAGCCACAUACUCGUGCACUAACUUGCAGUUUUUAUUAUUUGCAAUCAUGUAUCGCUCCUUUCCAGCUAUUUUUAAAAAGUACUAAUGGCAUCAGGUCCAUAAUUUUAGCACUGAAUAAUGUGCCAUUUCAGUUAAAACCUUCUUAUUUUUUUGUUUUGCCAGAUCUCUCUCUUUUUUUUGUUGUUGCACUUAUAAUUUUUUUCUUGUUUUGUGCGAAUAGUGUUAAGUUGCCAUGUGUGCAUUUUUUGCAAUGUUGAACAUUGUUAUUGUAGUAGAUAGAUCAUUUGUAAUGACUUUUGUGCACAUGCAUAUGUUAAUUCCAUAUGUCCAGUAUGUUCUUGUGUUAAUUUGCUUACUCAUAUUAAUA